AUGGACGAUCUCUCGAAAAUGUGGAUGAAUCUCUCUUUGACUGAGGAAGAGAGUCUUGAUUUGGAUACGCCGGACGAAGAAUUGCUUGAUGGACUCGAGCGGGGAAAAUUUUGUGUGUUGGGGAAACUGGUCACGGAUCGGAUGAUUAGUAAGGAGACCAUUAAAAUGACCCUACAUUGUUGGUGGAAACCAUUGGGAUCACUUUCAUUCCAAGUUUUGGGAGAGAAUUUGUUUUUGGUGGAAUUCACUAAUGUGGGGGACAAGAAAAGGAUCUUGGAAGGUAGACCUUGGGUUUUUGAAGGAAGUCUUUUUCUCCUUGAGGAUUUUGACAGGCUGAGUUCACCAUCGGAAUAUACUUUCGAGAAAGCUGCGUUUUGGGUGCGAAUGGUUAAUCUUCCGUUGGCUUGCAUGAACCAGACUACUGGACGACGAAUUGGAUCCACGGUCGGUGAAGUGGAGAUGGUCGAUACGAGAGCAGAUGGUAUUGGAUGGGGAGAAUUCCUUCGUGUCAGAAUUUUACUUGAUUUGGCGAAACCUCUGGCACGAGGGAGAAUGCUGAAGGUGAAAGGAAAAUCAAAAUGGAUUGCAUUUCAAUAUGAACGCCUUCCAAAAUUUUGUUUCUAUUGCGGAGUUCUUAGCCAUGAUAAAACAAGGUGCCUUUUCAAGAGCAAGAUGCGUUUCCAGGAGAAUUCCCCGGAGUAUGGAAUGUGGCUGAGGGCAUCAUCGCCGACACGAUGA